AUGGCCAUGCUACAUCCAUGCAUGAAAGCUCCUGAAGAGGGGCUUCCUGAUCCAGCGGAGGAGGCGACCGGUGGUGGGGUGGUCGGUGUUUGGGCAAUAGAAGGACUAGGCGAAGGAUUGGACGGCGGUGAGGCGGGUGGUGAUUCAGGAGCCGCCGGUGCAGGUGGUGAUGAGCUCAUGGAGGGUCCAGGGCUCAAGCUCGUGGAGGGGCCAGGGCUCUGGCUCAUGGUUGGAGGAGAAGACGUCGGAGGAGACAUCAUUGGUGGGGAUGAUAUGGCACUUGGAGUAGGAGCCAUCGUUGUUGUUGGUGUUGGUGAUGAAGCCAUUGGUGGUGGUGGUGGUGGUGUUGUUGUUGGUGUUGGUGAUGAAGCCAUUGGUGGUGGUGUUGCUGUUGGUGUUGGCGAUGAAGCCAUUGGUGGUGGUGUUGUCACCAUGGUAGGUGGUGGAGCUGCCAUGGUGGUGGGUGAUGGGGCUGGUGAUUGA